UUUAAAAUUAUACCCAAUAUGAAAUCGAUUUAAGUGCUCAUUUUGUUACACACACCACCGAUUUACCUGAUUAAUCAGUCUAGGUUUUGAUGUGUUCUUUGUUUCUACCAUGUAGUAAAAUUACAGAUGUUUGCAGAUUUUAACAGAUUAAACCAAAGAUCCGCACGUUCAUUCUUCAAAGUUUACUUGCUCAACUCAAACAUAGUUUGCAGACUAGGCUUCAACAACUUUCAAUGGGCCACAAAGGUUGGGGUCUGUUGUUUUGUAUUGGGCUUGGGCCGUUGCUUUUCUGUAAAGUGGAGCAUUAUUGGGCCUCUUUCGCCUACUCAACCCUCGCCCAUCUAAUAAAACCCUAGUCCCCACCCGGUUACAUAAAACCUAAUCGACGCCUCCAUUUUCGCCUUCUCAUAGACUGCAGCAACGAGAGCACUCUGCAAUUAGGGUUUCUUCGCCCUCUCCCUGCUUCCUUCCUUCCAGAGAGCACCAACCAUGGCGGCAGUUGCGGCUCCAACGCCCACCGAGUCAGUCCAGUGCUUCGGCCGUAAGAAGACCGCGGUCGCCGUCACCCACUGCAAGCGCGGAAGGGGGCUCAUCAAGCUCAACGGCACUCCAAUCGAGCUCGUGGAGCCGGAGAUCCUCCGCUUCAAGGCCGUCGAGCCCAUCCUCCUCCUCGGGCGACACCGCUUCGCCGGCGUCGACAUGAGGAUCCGCGUCAAGGGAGGCGGUCACACCUCUCAGAUCUACGCCAUCCGUCAGAGCAUCGCCAAGGCCCUCGUUGCUUUCUACCAGAAGUUCGUCGACGAGCAGAGCAAGAAGGAGAUCAAGGACCUCUUGAUCAGGUACGACAGGACUUUGCUGGUCGCUGAUCCCAGGCGCUGCGAGCCCAAGAAGUUUGGUGGUCGUGGUGCCCGUUCAAGGUUCCAGAAGAGUUACCGUUGAAAGGUGCUGCUGGUUUCUUAUUUUGUUACAGUCCGUUUCGUUUCAUGGUUUGAGCAUGGAUGCUGUUUCGAUUAUGAGCUCAUGAAUUUUGUUGUUUAGGGAAAGUGGAAUUUAGUGGUUCAUGUUCUAAGGGGUUUUUUUGGUUUGUUAAGAGGAUACUGCUGCUUCUUGGCAAUGGAUGGUUUUGAUUUCUGCAAUGGAUGGUUUCGAAUAUGAUACUGUUAUCGGCCAUAUUGCUCUGCUAUCUGUGAUCGUUUCAUGAAUGCUUGUGUGAUUUGUUUCAUUGUCUUGCCGAAGUAAUGUGUGUUGGGAGCAACUAAGAUUUGGUAUUUGUUGAAAUGCUAUGCUUAGAUCUUGUGUAUCCAUUGCUGGAUCGGUAAUGGUUGUGGUUUAGUGUUACUUCAUGUUUGUGUGCUUCUGUAGUUGCUAGUAGUUUCUGCUGUAGAACACGAACGCCUGCGCAACAAAGUGCCUCGCUGUGUCGUUGCAGAACCUUGAUGGGUCGACUCUGUUUUCGAUCAUUUGAAGAACAGUUGAACUGUCAAAACCCAGAAUCUAUGGCUGGGUUCUUGUGUGUUAGGUAUGUGGGCAUAGGCAAACCACCACCAUUGCUGUUGAUUUUCACGCAGAGCAAUGUGGACCGAAUUGUUUUCGGACCGUGAAGAUCCUUCCGGUAAGCGAUAGAGAACCACAUCAAGAAGAGUUGCUUCGAAACCCGUUAGUGUUUUCACUUCUUGAACCUCUGCUUCUUGCCUUCUAAUAGGGGAUGCUUUAUGCUGUUCAUGCCCUUUAGAAUUGUCCAAUUUUCCCUCGUAGCAAAGUGUCUGCAGCCUCUGGUUUUGGGCACAAGACCACACUUCUUUUCCCCUUCCAUUAUGUUCAUGUCUACACAUUUACCCGAAGAAAGUCACUCCAAACGACGAGAUCGUUUCUGGUUCUUGGCUGAGACCGAAUUUGGUAUACACGAAACUAAACUCUGCUUUGACGAACACCAUAUCGGGCUGCAAUUUUAUAACAUGGGCACCUCUUAAUCAAACAACAUAAACUUUGGUGCUACGAUGUUCCUCGGUCCUCACAUGUAUAAUUAUCAUUCUUCCUCUUCUUCUUGUCACACUAAAAAGCGAUAGUACUGUAAACAUAGCAGCAGCUGAUCAAAUGUGCCGUGCCGUCCACCGGAAUUGAAUCAUGCACCUUCCUUGAUAGAAAGCUCCCCCGCUAGAAGAGUUCUUUGCGCAUUUCCUCCAGAUACGGCCGCAGUUCAGGGAUACAUUUGCCGCAGUUCUGUCUCCCUGAUCGUAACAAGUGUCAGUGCCCAUGGCGGAACCAGUGCCGCCUUGGUCUGGAAUCCUGGCGAAGUAGGUGAACGUCAUGUACGUAACCAGCGAACGACGCCUGGUCGGUCGCCGGAGUGUCGCCGCAGAUCGGAGCUCCAAGGGAAGUGCCCAAAUGUCCCCCGCCGACUAGUACUAGUAGUACAAUAACCGCCGUCGUCAUUAGCGAUGCAGCAAAUAAUGUGGUGUAGUAAGCCAUUAAUAAAUGUUGUUAGUAAUUAAUGAUUCGUUACAACAAUAUCCCAUCCUUGUAUAUAGUUGCGACUUCCUUAGCUUCUCGCUUGUUAAUUUAUGACCUCCAAGUAACAGAGAUGCCACGCCGCACACGAAUCUCCCUCAUGUGCUGCAUGAUUAUAAAUUGUUGCCGCAGAAUUUUAGAUACUUAGUCAUCUGAAAAUGAAAACCCGUUUAGUUU